AUGGCCCGACAGCUCAGCCGGUGGGCGAUAUGCUGCCUCCGGGCAGCCGCACCGGGGCUGGGCUGGGGGCGCGGCAGGGGUUGUGAGCUCUCAUCUGCCUCCUUCGGCAGGAUUAUGCGCCCAGACGAUGCUAACAUUGCGGGGAAUGUCCACGGGGGAACCAUCCUGAAGAUGAUCGAGGAGGCAGGAGCCAUCAUCAGCACCCGCCACUGCAAUUCCCAGGCCGGGGAGCCGUGUGUGGCUGCACUGGCACGGGUGGAGCGGACAGACUUCCUCUCACCAAUGUGCAUUGGCGAAGUGGCCAACGUCAGUGCCGAGAUCACCUACACCUCCCGGCACUCUGUGGAGGUUCAGGUCAACGUCAUGUCUGAAAACAUUUUAACAGGGGCAAAGAAGGUGACGAACAAGGCGACACUGUGGUAUGUGCCUCUGUCUCUGAAGAAUGUGAAUAAGGUCCUUGAGGUUCCCCCCAUCCAGUAUGCGAGAAAGGAACAGGAGGAUGAGGGGAAGAAACGUUAUGAGGAGCAAAAGCUGGAUCGGCUGGAAACAAAGCAAAGAAAUGGUGAUGUGAUCUUACCUGUCAUCAACCCAGAGCCACACACCGUUGGCUACAGCCAGUCCAGCCUGAUCCACCUGGUGGGCCCAUCGGACUGCACACUGCUGGGCUUUGUGCACGGAGGUGUCACCAUGAAGCUCAUGGAUGAAGUUGCUGGGAUUGUGGCUGCCCGCCACUGCAAGACCAACAUUGUCACUGCCUCGGUAGAUGCCAUCAACUUCCAUGAGAAGAUCAAAAAAGGCUGUGUCAUCACUGUGUCAGGACGUAUGACAUUCACAAGCAAUAAGUCCAUGGAAAUAGAAGUCUUUGUGGAUGCUGACCCGUUUGUGGAUGAGCCUCGGGAGCGGUACCGUGCCGUCAGCGCCUUCUUCACCUAUGUGUCCCUGAGCAAGGAAGGGAAGCCCCUGCCUGUCCCGCAGCUGCUGACGGAGACAGAGGACGAGAAGCGUCGCUUCGAGGAAGGGAAGGGCAGGUACCUGCAGACCAAAGCCAAGCGGCAGGCGCAGAUGCAGCAGGCUGCUCAGCAGUGACCUGUCCGGCACCCUCGCCACCAGCACCCGCUAAACAUCCAGGUUGUUCCCGUUUGUUUUGUGUCCGGUCCGCGCCAGCCCCAUGCCUCCGCCCGCCCCAGCCCGCUGCCGGCGCCACUGCUUUGCUGCUGAUGGGCUCAGCACCGUAGACCUCGUGUUUCAGGUGGCUGAAGCUCCCUGAAAGCCCCCAGGAGUCUUCCCAGGCAUUUGCCAUCUGCCUCCAGAGCCAUUGUUGCUGUUUGAUCCCGCUGGCGACGCUCCUGCCUGUGUCAGAGCCAGGACGGAGGUGUGUGGUGGCUUGAGGGGCGCGUGAGGCCGCGAGUCUUUGUGCUGCUGUGUUUGACUCGCUGGUUUGUCCUACCAUGCACACCAAAGCUUUCGUACGUGCUGCACCGCGCCGGGGCCGCACUGAAUGUCUGUGACAUCUCUAGGUAGUUCUCUGUGCACAUCUAAGUUAUUUAAGGAAUCCUGUGGCAUAAAUAAAGUCUGUUUCAUUGACUGGAA